GACCCGCCUAUAAAUCCAUAGAGGAAGAAGGGGAAGAGUGACGAACAUCAGCCGCUGUGUGUUUACAUCAGUUUUAUUUUGUGUUUGUUUUGAGAUGAGAUGAGAUGGAUGUGAUGUGCAGUAAAUCAGUAGAAACUGAUGAGGGCUUACAGGAUGAUGAAUCUAUUGAUCAAACCUCCACAGAGUCUCUGGAUUUUGUCUGUAAUGCUGGAGAACAGCAGCAGAUACUGCAGACCAAACUCAAGAUGUGUUCAGUCAAACUCAUCGACUGCAGAGCACUAAUGAUGAAGAUCAAAACCGAACCUACAGAAAUAAGAACCGAACAUACAGAAAUAAAAACGGAACCUACAGAAAUAAAAACUGAACCUACAGAAAUGAAAACUGAACCCACAGAAGAGGAAGAUCCCACUGAUAAAGAUGACAGCUGUGAUGAUUUUGACGACGACGAUCAUGAUUUUAUUCCUUCAGAUGAGAAGAGUGAAUCAUGUUCUGAUGGAGAAACAUCCUCAACUUUAGAGGAGCGACUGACAACACAAACUCUUUCCUGCAUCACCUGUGGAAAGACAUUCAGCUCACAGAGACAUUUAGAGAGACAUGAGAGAAAACACACAGAACAGAAACUUUUCACCAGAUCUGAGAUCAGCUUUACUACCUUACAAGAGAAGAAACUUCAUUCAGAAGAGCACACUGAGAAGAAGAAGAAACUUCAUUCAGAAGAGCACACAGAGAAGAAGAAGAAACUUCAUUCAGAAGAGCACACAGAGAAGAAGAAGAAACUUCAUGCAGAAGAGCACACAGAGAAGAAGAAGAAACUUCAUGCAGUAGAGCACACAGAGAAGAAGAAGAAACUUCAUUCAGAAGAGCACACUGAGGAGAAGAAGAAACAACUUUGUUCAGAAGAGCACACAGAUAAGAAGUCUUCAAAAUUCGUAUCUAAUCUAAAACACCACAUGAGGGAACACCGUGAUAAAAAGUCUUUCUACUGCAGCACCAAGCCCAGUCUUGUUGUUCAUCAGAGAGUUCACACUGGAGAGAAACCUCAUCACUGUAGUGUUUGUGGUAAGAGUUUUAAUCAACAUGCCAAUUUAGUGACACACCAGAGAACUCAUACUGGAGAGAAACCUUACCACUGUAGUGUUUGUGGGAAGAGUUUUAGUCAACAUGGCAGUUUAGUGUCACACCAGAGAACUCAUACAGGUGAAAAACCUUACAAAUGCUCUCAAUGUGAGAAGACUUUUGCUCGGUCAGGUCACUUAAAAUCCCAUCAGAGAGUUCACACUGGAGAGAAACCUUACGUCUGCUCUCAAUGUGGUAAGAGAUUCUCUGAAACAUCUCGUUUGAGACUUCAUCAGAGAGUUCACACCGGAGAGAAACCUCAUUACUGUAAUGUUUGUGGGAAGAGUUUUGAUCAACAUUACAAUUUAGUGAUACACCAGAGAACUCAUACAGGUGAAAGACCUUACAAAUGCUCUCAGUGUGAGAAGACUUUUGCUAAGUCUGGUCACUUCAAAAUCCAUGAGAGAAGUCACACUGGAGUAAAACCUUACGUCUGCUCUCACUGUGGAAAGAGCUUCAAUACUUCAAGUUCUUUUAGAGUCCAUGAGAGAACUCACACUGGAGUGAAACCUUACGUCUGCUCUCAAUGUGGUAAGAGCUUCUCUACUUCAAGUUAUUUUAGAGUCCACGAGAGAGUUCACACUGGAGAGAAACCUCAUCACUGCUUGAUCUGUGGGAAGAGCUUCACUACUUCAACUCAUUUGGUAGUUCAUCAGAGAGUUCACGCUGCAGAAAAUCCUCAUCACUCUAGUGUUUGUGGGAAGAGUUUCGGUCAACAUGGACAUUUGGUGAAACACCAGAAAACUCAUACAGGUUAAAGACUUUACAUAAGACUUGUACUGGGUCAGGUCACUUAAAAGCAGUGUUACUUUUAACUAGGGAUUGGCACGAAUAUUCAAAUUUUUGAAUAUUCGAUCUGCAAUAAUAAUUCGAAUUUAAUAAAUGCUAUUUGAAUGUUUGUUUUGAAUGUGCCACCGAAGGGUUACAACUUAUUUGAUGCUUUUUUAAUUCAUCUAUACUGUCUUUUACAGACUUUAAUGUAAAAUAUACAUGUACAUUUAUUUAUAUGUAUUUCUGAUUGUUUGGCAAUUCAGAAUGCAGACGAAUUUAAGUAUUUAGUUUUAACUCCGGGUUGUCCGUUUUGUCCACCGGCUCACGUGUUAUUUAGGCUGCGUUUACAUUUUGCAUUAACAUACGAUCUCGGUGAUCCGUUCACGCUGAUCCGAUCAUCCGUAUAUCAGGACACGGCGCGUUUACAUUUGUCCACAUCAAAGUGGCUUCUUGUGUUAAAAUGUGUUAAAUGAGACAGAAACAGCCGAUUGACCAGAAAGAAGCGCAACAUUCACAUUGAUUUGUCGCCAUGGAAACUCCAACAUUAUAAAGACGAUCCUGAAUUCUGCCAUUAAAUAUUAAAUCUCACUAUGAAUAGUUGUAACAUAUAACAUAUGCCUGAAUAACGUAAAUACAGUCAGCAGUGUUAAAAUGCUUUUGUAUAUCGAUUUUAGUGGUGGGCGAUACUGCAAAAUUUGGUAUCGAUCCGAUACCAAAUACAUAUAGGGUCAGUAUUGCCGAUUCCGAUACCAAUCCGAUAAUUUUACUUUAAAAAAUACUUUUGUGUAGGGGAGAGCAGUAUGUCAUUAUUUCUGAGGUGAAUGAAUGAUAAAUUCUUUAGGCUUUUUUAAUUAAAGUAUUGAAGUCCACAAAAUUAUUAGUUAUUAGGAACUGUAGAAUUAAUUUGUUACAACCUUUUUUAAAAAAAAAUAAAGAAUAACAAAAUUCUCUCCCUUUUUUCUGGUUUUAAAAGCAAAUGAAAUAAAGUGCAGACAAUUAUUACUUUUUACACAUAUCAAGUUACAGUAUUAUUAUUUAGAGCCGUAAAAUAGCUCCACACAACGCUUCUCUUCCUCUCGGCCAUCCUGAUCUCUCACUCGGUUCGCUGCUCCUCGGCGCGUUGUGUCAGUGAGUCACGUGACGACACAACAACGAAUCACAGCAGAGCAGAAGGAGGGGGAGGAGUAGCAAAGUGGGCCAGGAUGUGAAAGAAGCGUUUGCUCAGGAUUGUAGAGGUAGAAGACACGAGCAAAGUAUAAUUAACGUAGAGGAGAGAUAUUUAAAUUGAAGUAUCGAUUCAAUUGCAAUUGUAACGAUCUGAUACCAAUACCAGUGUUGGCAUCGAUACUAUCGAUAUUUAGAUCGAUCCGCCCACCCCUAAUCGAUUUAUUAAGAUACUUUUAAGCGUAGCUAGCAUUGCUCCACAAAUAUGAAUUUAUGCGUCUCUCACCUGCGCUCCAUGACCUAACGUCCUUUAUUUUUGACAGCUGUCAGUGAGAGGAGAUGAUAGUGGGCGGGGUUUUGUGUGACGUUGACCUGUAAAUGCAGAUACGAUGGCUGGAUUGCGUUUACAUUACACUGAGAUCCGAUCACAAAGCCUCCUCGACUACCUCUGCAUCAGGACACACAGAUCGGAUAACAUUCCGAUCACAGACGCGUUUACACUUGUCUUUUCAAUGUGUAUGUGGACAACAUCCGGAUACAGGUCGCAUGUUAAUGCCAAGUGUAAACGCAGCCUUAGACGUGCUUCGCCGCGGCCCGCAUCAGCGCAUCAUGAGAGGUUUGUAAGCUUCCUGCUAUAUAGUCUACUUAAUUUUGUUAAUAACGAGACAGACACAGAGAACGAAAUGAAACGGAGAACAUUUAUUAUAUGUGGUGCUCUUUCGAAAAUGAACUGGAUAACUGAACAUGGCUGUUUAAAAGCAGACAAUAUAGCCCGUCUUUGUGUUGUUAAAUUAAGCUCGUAACUUUGCACAGUCAGCAAUAAGGUAUCAAGCCAGCUUACGUUAUUUGUAAAAUAAUGUUAAAUUCAGAUAUUCUUGUUAGAUCCGUCUGUUGUUUUUACCGGAUAACCACCGCAGAGCAGAGUUUUCUUUGCAGCCCAGCAUUAUUGUAGUCAGAAGAACAGGCUUUCACCGGAGCAGGUAGAUUUGGUUGUCUUUCUUCACAAAAACAUGCCAAACUAAACAGAGAAGAUAUUCAUAUGCCAGCCGAGCAGUCUGUUAUGUAGUUUAUGUUUUUUCGUUCGCUCCGGUGUUGUGUGAAAUUCUGUCCCCGUGAAAAACUGUCCCAAUGGGUGGAGCACACAUGCAUAUUCAUGAGGUUGCUUCACGAGAUGGGCGCGGAUUUUGUACUGCGAGCGAUCGCAUGGAAUGGUCAUUAUUUUUGUUUCAACUCUUGUUUGAUGGAUUAGUUCUCUAAGGUAAUGAAGCCGAAUUGUCAUACGUUCCAUUUAGCAUGGAUUAAAGUGAAAAAAAUUCUUCUGACUGAAAUUUUUUUCAGGCCACGUCAUAUUCCUUGUAAAUAGGCGACACCAAUAGCAUUCUAAGGGGAGAUGUUUUUUUGCCAUUAAUGCCAUAUUGAAGUCUACUGUGGCAUUUAUAGGGUUGCCAACUGUCACUAUGAAAUGCAGCAGCGGUGCGAGUAUGUUUUUUUG